AUGGGAAGCUUGGCAGCGGCAUCCUUGAGUUGGCGCGUCCAGGUGGCUGCCCUCAUUCGAGGGUUACACACAACUGCCUUUGCGUCGUCUCAGCCGUUGUCUGAGCUAAAUUUCAGCACAAUCCGUGCAGAAAGUUUCUAUGACUCAACGGUUGAGAAGUAUGCAUCACAAGAUGUCGAAGUUCUGUCUCUUCGCCAAAUGCUCAGUUUUGGACGGAACGCAUGGGAUGACCCGGGCAAAAUCCUUAAAAGCGCGAGAUACGUGCAACGUGAGCUUCCCAGGCGCCUCGCCCGCCGUCUGAUGGACCUGCAGCUGCUCCCAUACAUCGUGGUCGCCAACCCCCACAUUAAAAAGGUGUACAACCAGUACCACGUAUCAUUCGAGACGUUGCGGCGGGUGCCCAUGGUUCGCACGUCGGAGGACAACCAGGAGUUCAGCCAGCUGCUUAGGCAACACCUGGACCAGCACGCCCCCAUGCUGGACUCGCUUGCCACGGGCCUUCGGGAGUGCAAGGACAAGGUGCUGGUGGGGCCCUGCUUGCAAAUGGACGCCUUCUUCGACUCCAUGCUGCGGUCGCGAAUCAGCCGGCGAGUCAUCGCGGAACAGCACCUGCACAUUGGGAACAAGAGGCCAGGGUACAUUGGCGUUAUCUGCACAGAUCUGGACGUGCAGGAAUCAAUAUCCUUUGCCGUACAGAAAACCAAGCAGGUCUGCAUGGAGACGUACGGCAUGGCGCCUGACGUGGUGGUUAGCGGGGAGUCCAAGGUUUCUAUUCCGUACAUUCCGGCGCACUUGGACUACAUGCUGUACGAGCUGUUGAAGAACGCGAUGCGAGCCGUGGUCGAGUCCCGCAGCUCACCGCCGCAUAACCCCCGCCGCCAUAGCAGCUCCACCGCCCCCACCACCGCCACCGCCACCACUGCUCCCAGCAGCAGUAGCAGCAGUAGCUACUGGUUCCCCCGAUUGCCACCGGUACACAUCCGCGUAUGCGACGGAGCUGCCGGGGCUCUGACCAUCAAGAUAUCGGACCAGGGAGGGGGCAUUCCGGACGACCUGAUUGACAAGGUGUGGUCGUACGGCUUCACCACCCUAGGCCGCAAGCGCCGCCAUGCAGCUCCCCCCAGUGGCGGCAGUAGCAGCAACGGAGGUGGCGGCAGUAGCAGCUCAGCAGCCGCUGACGAUGGGGAGCAUGUGGUUGAGGGUUUGGGCAGUGUGGGGCCAGCCCGCAUCGUGUCGGGUGGGGGCCUGCCGGCGGGCCUUAUGUCGGGUCAGGGCAGUCGCUACCAGAUGGCGGGGCUGGGAUUUGGACUGCCCCUCUCCCGGCUGUAUGCGCGAUAUUUUGGCGGCGACUUGAAGCUGCAGUCCAUUCCCGGGUACGGCACUGACGCCUACUUGACCCUGAAGCACCUGCAGGAGCUUGACGACGGGGAGUGGGUGGAGAAGGUGGACGACCCGAGCAUGUUGCCCAUACAAGUAGUGCCGUACUAG